UAAACUAAGAGUAUAAUUUUAUGCUUCUUUUUUGACAAAACAGUGCAUCUUAUGAGAAAUAGUUAUCAAAUCUUCUUAUAAAGUUCGUAAAACCAGCAUUAAGGAAAUCCAGCGUUUAGGAAAAAAGACGCUACAACCCAGGAAAUGACGCUAAUCAUUUUUGCUUUCUUUUGUAAAUACCAAUAAACUAGUUUAGCAAAUAAAUAAUGAUUAUGUAAUAUUUUUCGAGUACAUGCUUUUCCUUUUUUUUCCUUAGAGCUUUCAAAGUUAACAAUGAAAAUUUAUUUGUUUUAAUUGUAAAAAGUGGCUCCCGGAAAUAGUAAAUAGUACACAAAAAUUAGAAUAUUUUUGGUUUUGAUAUUAGUUUUCUUCAUUCCCUUUGCUGUUAUUUAGAAGAAGUAGUGUGAAAUUAUUACAUAGAAAGGAAGGGUAAAAAGAAGAAUUUCAUUGAGUAGUAUUCAUUGACAAAAUGUGAAUGAAUCGGAGGCUAGCCCGAAGAGGAAAUAGAGCAGAGCGAGGGAGGGGGUAAGGGAAGUAAUGAAAAUGGCGGUCAGUAAUCGUUGUCGGAAUAUGCAGGCAAUGAAUAUAUCUUCGAUAUUUAGCCGCCUUCAGGGUGCGUUUUCUGAAGCUAUGGCGACUCCAAAAUUUGUGAUUGAUCGAAGGACUAUCGAAAAAACAUGGAAGUUAAUGGACAAAGUUGUGAAAUUGUGCCAACAUCCCAAAAUGAACUUGAAAAACAGUCCUCCUUUCAUAUUAGAUAUACUUCCUGACACGUAUCAACAUCUUCGAACAAUUUAUCAUAAACACGAAGAUAAGAUGAAUAUUCUGAAUGAUACAGAAUAUUUUCGAAUCUUUAUUGACAAUCUAAAUCGUAAGUGUAAACAAGCCAUCAAACUUUUCAAAGAAGGCAAAGAGAAAAUGUUCGACGAGUCGUCUCACUACCGACGGAAUCUAACGAAACUUAGUUUAGUUUUCAGUCAUAUGUUGUCAGAACUGAAAGCCAUUUAUCCGAAUGGAACUUUUUCUGGAGAUGGCUUUCGAAUCACCAAAAGUGAUGCUGCUGACUUUUGGAAAUCUGCUUUUGGUGAAAGCACCAUAGUACCAUGGCGUAUCUUUCGACAAACUCUUCAUCAAGUUCAUGCCAUAAGUUCUGGUUUGGAAGCUAUGGCACUUAAAUCCACUAUAGAUUUAACGUGCAAUGAUUAUAUAUCUAAUUUUGAAUUUGAUGUCUUCACCAGGCUUUUUCAACCGUGGUCUACCCUGCUUCGUAACUGGCAGAUUCUUGCAGUGACUCAUCCAGGAUAUGUAGCGUUUCUUACUUACGAUGAAGUGAAAGCAAGAUUACAAAACUAUAUCAGUAAACCAGGAAGUUACGUCUUUCGACUUAGCUGCACUCGACUUGGCCAGUGGGCUAUCGGCUAUGUUACAAGUGAAGGUAAUAUUUUACAGACCAUUCCACAAAACAAGUCAUUGUGCCAAGCUCUAUUAGACGGUUAUCGGGAAGGCUUCUAUCUCUAUCCUGAUGGUCGUAACAUUAAUCCAGAUCUCAGUUGGGCAGUUCAGGCCACCCCCGAAGACCAUAUCAAGGUUACGCAAGAACAAUAUGAACUUUAUUGUGAAAUGGGUUCCACUUUUCAACUGUGCAAAAUCUGUGCAGAAAAUGAUAAAGACAUCAGAAUUGAGCCUUGUGGCCAUCUUCUUUGUACACCCUGUUUAACAUCUUGGCAGGAUUCAGAAGGACAAGGUUGCCCCUUCUGUCGUGCUGAAAUUAAAGGGACCGAGCAAGUCAUAGUUGAUCCCUUUGACCCUACUGGGAGAACAUUUAAGCGGAAUGAUGGGCACACAUCACACUUAGGCAAUUUAGUCGAUUUUGAUGAAGAUGAAAACUUUGAAGAUCCAAAUACGUGGACCUCUUGUCUUCAAGCAUUAGCCUUGUCACCUCGUGCUGAUGUAUCCGAUGGGAGUAGAUCGAAUAGUCGUUCUCCAAUGGUCUCUCCUAAAGCAUCUCCUCAAUCUUCCCGAAGGCCUCCGAAUUCUGCACCUCCACCUGUUCCUCCACGCCAUGCCUCACCAACUGGAACUCCAGGACAGUCACCUAGUUCUUCUCCACGCCAUUCUUGUGGUUCUAAAGAUGACUCAGGUGGUUCUGUUACUGUUACUGUCAGCCCCUCUGCAUCCCCUGAAUCUUCAGGGGUAGGUAUUUCAUAUUCUGAAAUAGCUCAUGGAAAAACAUCUAGUAGCGGAACGUGGCCACGCCCUUCAUCCGGUGGUGGGCCACCAACCACCCUAUCUCCCCCCUCGUCUAUGGUCGAUCCACCUUCCAUGAUUCCAGUCAGUCCAUCAGUACACUAUGCUGAAUUAGCACAAAUUAGGGAAGAAAUGCCUGAACCAAGCUAUGCAAAUACGGAUAUCACUUUAAAUAAUGCUAGUUCACAAAAUCCUAGGUCAGGAAUUGAAGUACCAUCUUCAUCUUCUCCUCAACAGCCUCCUACUCACAUCAACAAAAUUGAAAAAAGGUUAAUAAGAAUCGGCAAACCUUUGGAUGCUCUCGAAAACAAGGAAAACCGUGUGAGUUAUGAAAAUUUGCACAUGGAUCACAUAGCGGCCCUCAUUGCCGAAGGCUAUGCUCAAAAUGAAGUAAUCAGAGCUCUUGGAAUCGCGAGGAACGACCUUCAAAUGGCCAGGGACAUUUUACACGAGUUUGUUACCAAACGAAAAUGAGCUUUUGCUGAAGUAUGAGUAAGAAAAAAAAAAUAAUAAAUUUUUUUAACUAGUCAAAACUUAUCUUGGAAGAAUGCAACAAUAACAACGACUCUGUAAAGACGCAGAAUAUAUUUUGCUCAAAAUUGUUGAAAGACACUGUUGUUUGUUGCUUGCAUUGAAAUUCAGACGACAAAUUUUUUUAUUCACCUCAAAUGAAAUGAAUGUGGUCACUCUCGUUGGAGCUGUAAUUUGCUGGUCGAUUGCAGCGAACACUCACAUUUUUGGAGCAGGAAUUUCUCCAUUCUUCUGUAAUAAUCGAUUCUGCUAAUCAAUACAUUGAAAAUUCUAGUUAAAUAUGUAUGCAAAUAAAAUAUAUAUAUUUGCCAAAUCAUUUUUUGAUUUGUAAGCAACGAUCUAGUUCUUUUGCAUGAUGUAAAAAGUUUAAAUAUUCACAUAUUCCAUUGGUUUUGUAUUUAAAUAUUUUAUUAAUAGGUGCACUUCUAUUAAAGAACAGUUUAAAUAUCAAUUGUCAUUUAUAAUAUAACGCAUAAAUAGUUGUUCCAUUUAACCUUUUGCUAUUUAAAGUUCUUAUUUAUUGUAAGGGAUGCUUGUUGUAUGACCAAUUCUUUUUUUAAAAUUCAUCUAUAGUCUAUUGGAAUUUCUGUGCAAGUUGGAAACCAAUUUUUAUAUGGUUCAUUUGUUACAGCUGAUUAAUUGGGAAAUAUUUACUAUGAUAAAAGAAUCUAAACUUUAAAUUUGUGAAUUAAAAAGCAUUUAUAUUUCAAUAAAACCACACAUUACAUAAUGGCUUGUUUCACUCCUGAUAAUCUGGCAUACUCACUGCGAAGGAUGAUACAAAUAAUCAAAAUCAAUUUUCUUAGAAUGAAAUAAUUUGGCACUUAUCGAUUAUCUUUUUAUCACAACCUUUUUUUAUUUAUUGCCAAAACUGUAUAGAGUAAUGCAAGAUAAGAAAGUAAAAUAAAAUAUAACAGAAGAGAACAAAUUGUAAGGAUAAAAUUAAUAGGCAUCUGUGCAUAAUUAGUUGUGUAUAGCCCUUCCAACCUUCUAUGAUGUUUUUUCUCUCCUUUUCUUAUUAGUUUCUAUAGUUUGUCUAAUGUAAGAACUCCCCUAGCUAUUGGCCUCGAACCGUGGCGGUGAGUAUGGUAACGAGACAUAACUAUUUCAAGUUGGAGUGUGGGUUCAUUGCUUAGGACAGGUUGUGGCCUGGAUCGGCAAUGGAAUAAUUUUUUUUGGUCUAUUGUGUUAGCUCUAGAGCAGUGUUUCCCAAAGUGUGGUACUCAUACCCCCAGGGGUACGAGAACAGUUUAGCUGGGGGUACGCAUUCUUAUGCAAAAUAUCUUUCAACAAAAAAAAUUUCAAAAUUUUUUUAUAUAAAAACAAAGCUAGCCAUGAAAAUUUAAAAUUACAUAUUUUUCAAUUGGCUAUUUUUUGCAAAGUUAACAGUUAAUAAUUAAUGGUGUCAACAGCUAGUUGUGAAUUAACUUUUGUGCAAUUUUUUAAAAUUUUUAAUAAAAAAUCUAUUCAUUUUUUUAUUAAUGGCACACAGCGUUACGAAAAAUUUAGAGAGGGUACACAAAAGUCAAGUAUGGGAAACACUGCCCUAGAGUAAAGACAAGCUACCCUCCCUGAAAUCUGCUAUUCUUGUCUCCAUAGCAGCAGCCAUCUUAGACGUUGUGGCUGGAGAAGUUCUUGCCAUAGACAAACUAUCACUGAUCAGUUCUCACCAAAACUUGGGUUCCUAUGAUCAUAUUUAAUUUGUAAUUAAAGCUUAAUAAAAGUUGAGUCAUCCUAUUUAGCCUAUGUUAAGUAGCCAAUUUUAAGAUUGUUUUACUGAUAAACUAAGUUGACUAUCCUGCUGUUUUUUUCUUUUGUCCUCUACUAUUUUAUAAUCAUUCAAUAAUUUGUGAUUUCCCCAACGAGCUUUUGUUGGCAUAUAAACCUUUUUGCAACGUCACAGUGUCAGUCUUAAGCCUGUCUUCUCCUAAAGCAUGCUAAGAAAACCAUUGGCUUUUACUCUCUGUGUCAUUCAGUGUUAAGUCAUCCUCAUCAUCAUAGUUAGCCAGGCAGCCCAAUGUGGGCCAAUGCCUUCCCCUAAAUAUUUCUGGACAACGACUGCCGCCAAUUCUUUUUCUUAAUUGAAAGAAAAUCAAACUCCACCAAAUCAGCCCAUCUCAGCAAGAAAGCGGGGGAAGGCUGCAUUUGAAAUUCAAUGGAUAGUAACAAAGUUUUUUUUAUCUAUGUUAAACUAAUGGAAGGCAUGAGGUAGUUUACUAACCUUAGCCAAAUAUAACCAACCAAAUAUAACUCUAUACAUAUAUAUAACUC